CGCUCCGUUCGGCCCACGGGGCUUGUUGCCGGUUCUUGAGGCCUAGCGUCUUCUACUGGCUCUGCCGAGUUUGGUCGCACUGUUUUAGGUCGUUGCCUGCCCGAAGGGUGGAAGAUCAGUGAACUGUUCCUGACAGCGUGUGAGCGAGAGAAUGCGCGAGCCGGGAGUCACUGUCACGAAGACGUGCUCCCGCUAGGAUUUAUUCCCUUCGACGCCGAAUAUUCAGGAUUGUAGCGCAGGCCUGGCUCAUCUAUGAUGGGACCUCAACAAAUUCCUGGGCCGGACAGAUGCCCCCUGUUGGGCGUCCACGUCUCCGGAAGGGACAGGUCUCCAACAGCAGCGCACGGGGCGUACACGUCCUCGCGUCACGGGUCGCGGCCCUUGAACAUGCAGUCGUCGUCUUCGCCAUGCGAACAGCUGACUACGAGGCACACGGAACACGGUGGAACGGCGCAGGAAUUCGCCCGUCUGACGCCGAGUAACUUGGCUCGCUACCAGAUGUACUUGUCCAGGGCAGAAGACAGUGCUUCGUCCGCCGAGGAGGUGGUGCGAACGAGGUCCGGCAGGACGCUUCGCAUGAGGCCAACGAGGUGUCGCCUACAGGAGCGGCCUCGCAAGAAGCGCCACGUGCUGCAGAGCAUGGCCCGCCCGCUGAAGAAGUGGCUCAUCCGCCACCGUGACAAGCCGUACCCGAGCAAGGCCGAGAAGCUGGCGCUGGCGCUCGGCUCGCACAUGACGCUCGAACAGGUCUCCAACUGGUUCGCCAACGCUCGCCGAAGGCUAAAGAACACGGUGUACGUUCCAGGUAUGAACUGGGGUGACCGCAUUCGCCAAUACAACAACUUCAUUUCGGGCAACACUGAGCCGCUGAGCAUCAGCUCUGACGACAGCAUCUGGGACAGCGACUGCGAGCAGCGCGGAGGAGACGAGGACGACGGGCUCGCCGAAGAAGAGCGAGACGCCAGCCCGUUGCAAGGUGCAGCGCGGGAAAGCUACGCGCGCGCUGAGCUGUUCGAGCACAGCUACUCUGCCACCGCGUUGCAAAAGGGCCAGGCACCGGGAGCAAGAGCUCACGGGGCCGCGGCGGCGGCGACCACACCGCGGCCGAAGCGGCCCCGCUGCGCCGACGGAGAACCAGGUCCCGGUGGCAAGCGACCAAGGCCCUCUUGUGACUCGGACAGCCCGUCGGAGAACGAUUCGGACGACGAAUCUACCACGGUUGGGGCUGUGGACGAGCCAUCGCAAUCAGCACCGCCCCCUGCUCCUCAACGCCGUCCGGUCACUGGCUCGCCUCAAGCGCCACUACCGGUGCCGCCAUCUGGCGUCAAGCGGCGCCUGUUUGACUCGGAAGAAGACUCGGCGCGGAUGUCGCCGGCCAUCAAGAAGUACAAGACGAGCAUGCUGCUGCGCUACAUCGGCGCCAACCUGCGAGAGCCUCCGGAACGCGAAACACCGUUCGGCGUCCAAGCGCCGAGCAAGCAGUCACGGCAGACCGUCAAGCGACCGCGCGAGGAACAGCAACAGACCGCCCGUGCGACCGAGCCCAAGAGGGUUGUGCGCGAAGGCCAAAAACCAGCGGCGAAGAAAAAGAAGCGCAUCGCUGAACCGUCCAGACUUGGAUGCCGCCUUCUCCCAACCCCUUCCCCGGUUCGCAGUGCGGCCAGUCUGCGGUGGACGGAAAUCGAAGCGGCCGAAGCGCUGACGCACCUCUCGCAGUCCUCGGCGUUGUGCUGGUCACAGCAGCCCCAGCAGCAGCGCGUCUCGUAGCCAGCCGACUCCGGCCGUGCGGUUCUGCGGGCGCUGAUAAUAACGCCGAACCGCGACUCCUGUCUGUGAUAUCGACACCAUCAUUCGCCGCGCUACACGCAUCGCUUUCUUGUGUGUGUGUCUGUAUGUACGAGUAUGUCCGUGAAGCAGCGUGGUUUAGCAAAGGUGCAUAGAGCUUAAAUGUUUGCGAACUUCCCGCGUGUGUUAGAGCUCAUGUACAAAGUUAAACUUGUUUAAUGCAAAGUAAUAGGGUUGUUGUGGAUGGCGAGAAUGAACAGGAUGACUCGCAGGAAGCUUAUCGUCAUGAAAAGGGCAGAUUGACAGGUAUGAGGAACGUUCAUCCAGCCGGACAAUAGGGAGCUUUAAAAAUAGGGGACCCAAAGUUAGGGGACGCUGUCGGCCGGCCGUACAAAAGAACGCAGAGUACAUUCAAAUGCAAAACGCAUACAUGAGCGUGUGUUGUGCACGUCUAUACGCAAAGGCGCUUGAGCGCCCUGUUUCUAAAACUCCCUAACAUGCACUGUAUACACCCCUACUGAAAAAAAAAAGAAAAAACGUAUUCCCCAUAACUCCUAUAUCCAUUAACAUGAUAUCAUAUAUGGGAAAAACGAGUUUUUAUAUGGGAACCUGUAGGUUUCGUAUCGGAUGAUUGGAUGUGGGAGUUAAGGGGCAAACGGGUUUUUUAAAUAAGGUAGGAAUGGAAAGAAAAGAGAAUGAUCAGUGACAUGGAGGACAUUGGGAAAAGGAGGAGUGUAUGAUUCAUGAUAUGACUAGAUGUAUCAGACUCGGUGAAGGAAAAAAAAGAUCAAUGCAUUGGCGCUCUAUAUAUACAGGUACUAUAAAUGCAGUCUGCCCUUUGUUCCGUACGAAUGCGCAGGGUGACAUGUUUAGCAGGGAAGUUCCUGUGCGUUUUUGAAGCUAACGUCAGUUCUUCGGAGAAGUAUUCAAGUAUAUAUCCUUGAACAGGCCUCAGUGAUCAGAGACGAGCAAAUACAAGAACUUCGCCGCGUGUGUUUUCGCUUGCCUAUGCGCCAGUUUUCAUGCAACAAGGUCGUCGUCGUUUUCCGAGUGUCAAGCUCGCCACCCGAAAGAGAGAGAGUGUGAGAGGAGAAAGAGAGAGAGAUAUUCGUUAGUGGGUGCUUGAAAUAUUGACUAUAUUUGACUAUUGACUUCACUUUAUUUCCUUAAAGACCCCGUAUGAGGGGUGGGUAUACAACAUACACAAAAAGGUGUUAUCACAGUUUUCAAAUCGAGAAAGAAAUUGUUACAUCUUGAAUACAUUGUGAUGAGCAGGUGAUAACAGCGACUGAACGAGGAAGGACAUUCCAAAAUUAGAUUUUCGGCAGGAAAACGAGGCUGGUAUUUGUGUGCUAGCGUGGUUGUAAACUAUAUUAAUGGAUUGAUAAGUGCGUUGUGAUAGGCGUGAUAGAGGGACAAUGAAUGGUGUGUGAUUAAGCGGCGAAUAGAAGAACCUGUGGAAGAGGGACAGGAUGGUGAUGCGGUGGCAACAGGAUAUAAAAGAAUAUCAGUGAUAAGGCAUAUUAUUUUUUCAGUUAUCAUAUACGCCUACGUCGUUAGAUUAUGUGAAAAUUUAGUGCACCCGAGGGCGCGAUCUUGAAGCGCCUCAAGGGCUUUGGCGAGAUAAGUUUGGUGUGGGUUUGAGAUGGAGGAUGCCUAUUCGAGUUUCGUUCUUAUAGUGAUUUACACGUUUACACAAUUUUACACGUUUUGGAGCGAAGCGAAGGUAUAGCGUUUAAAAAAGCCCAAUGUUUUGUUAGCUGAUGUGAGGACGUCAGUAAAAUACGUGUUGCAGUUUGAUCGUUAGACACGGUGACACCUAAGUAUUUAUAAGAUUGUACUAUCGAAACGGCUGGAUUCUAGCGUGCCCGCUUUUACAUAUAGUAGCAGAUCAGUGUUGCAGUAUGGAAUGAUUAUUGAAGCAUUAUUGAGGGGGGGGGGGGGGGUACUCUGACAGUAGCAUGCUAUAGCAACAUGCGGUUAGCGUGCAACACUGGAUGAUAAGAGUGAUGCAUGAAAUGACCCACUCAUGCAUACUACGCAUGGGUGGUUAACCAGAAAUAGGUCUGGUUUGCUACCCUGCACGGGGGGCGGGGGAAAUGGCUCUAAAGAGAACGGAAAAAGAAGACGAUCAGAGGUGUCACACAUCACUGUCACAGCCUAUCUGGCAGACCCAUGGAGCAAGAAUUAUUCUCCGUGGGCAGACCAAUGCACUACAGGAAGCGAACUAGCAGUCUAGCUGUCUUUAGCUCGAGAAGCACAUGUUACGUGAUUACGUCAGUAAUGGACAACGCUGAAUAGUCUGUUGCGAGAACAACAUCAAAUUAUUAUAAAUUUACUUUUACCCGGAAAUUUCACAUCUUUUCGUUCAUUUCCCGAGAAAGAAGUUAUUUCCGCGGACUUGACCACUCCGUCAAAUUACGAGCAGCGCCUCUGGUCUUGUCGUCCCUGGCGUGGUAUGGACUCCCGUAAACGCAAGAACAGAGGCUCUCAAUGGAAGGCGCAAAAUGGCUGUUUUACUGCUUGAACGGCAUUCUUUGAGGCAACGCGAAACAACUGGCAAGCCCUCUCACGCACUUUGCACUCUUGUCGUCCCUGGCGUGGUAUAGACUCCCGUAAACGCAAGGGUUGCGAGUGUCGAGCUCAGGUACUCCAAAACCGGGUGGGAGGUUAAAUUUCACCGACGCGAGAAAGCUUACAAGGGUGCUAAAGUUUUUUGUACAGUACAAAAUGUUUAGCGUCCUUGUAAGCUGUUCAUUUGAGACCACUUGUUUAGUGCUUUUGGCGUCCCUGGCGUGGUAUAGACUCCCGCAAACGCAAGAGCCGCACGCGAGUGUCGAGCUUCAAACAAACAGACGAACAGGCACACUUUCUUUUCCUGGAAGCGGAGUCUAUCGCAACCUAUCGCAACCGUGGCGCAAGAUCCCUCAUACGCAGAUGAUUUAAACACGUUCAAGAACGCAUACACGUUAGCACAGCCAUUCCUUGUAUAAACGUUCUCUCUCGCUUUCUUUCUCACCUCUCUCUUGCCUAAACGGAAAUGAUCUAUAGCAUGUUGCACCUGAGUGAAAGGGCUUAGCACACUCAAAGAAAAGUGUAGCUUGCUGUAAAUACCUCAACCCUCAACCGCCAAGUUAUGAUGGAUGCCGAGAACACGCGAUUUUGAUGCUGCUGCGAAGCGGCGACCGGACUGUUCCUCUCCAUUUCUUUCUCUCUCUUUCUCUGCUUUUUUUUUUUCUCCUGCUUGACAAUCUUUUGUACUAUACCAUGUCUUCCUGAGUUAACCAGCCGGGUAAACAAUUCUUGUACGUUGUAGAUCAUAAAUUACAACUACCUUUGUUCAAGUUGCCGUUUGUAGAUUACGGAUAUAUGUAUGCCCCCAUGCGUAACGCAACACAACCAGUGUAUCGCGUUACGCGCAAGAGAUCUUUCCGACAUGUUUCGCCGUAUAUUGAGGCUGUAUUUGUCUGAAAGAGGACCUGCUAACGUGUGCGCACGAAGUCCUUAUACAACACUCCUGUCUAAAAAGAAAACGUUUUGUUUGUGCUGCUUCAGGUCACUCCAUUAGUGAGGCGCUUUAAACAGAGCGGGGUUCCGUUCGUGUCGUGGCACAUAUUGCCCAUGCUCUCACCACACACCCUUACAAUGUCUUAUUUAUUUGCCUCCAUGGUGAGCAUUAAACGAGCGUAUGUAAUUU